GCCACCAGCCAGUGGGGCGGCGCGCGUAGCAGAGGGCGGACGGCUUCUCGGCGCACAGCGACGGCGGCGUGUCCCGGGUCUCAGCCACAACAUGUCUUCCAACCUGAAGUUCACCAAGGAAUUGGUCACUUUCAUAGGCAAGUCACUGAUUGCUCUUCUGGAGACCCUGAUUUUCACCUUCAUCCCCAGACCGCGGAAGAACGUGGCUGGGGAAAUUGUGCUCAUCACUGGGGCCGGGAGCGGAAUCGGAAGGCUCUUGGCCCUCAGAUUUGCCCGCCUGGGGUCGGUGCUGGUUCUCUGGGACAUCAACAAGCAAGGGAAUGAGGAGACACUCAGGAUGGCUCGGGAAGCCGGAGCCGUGAGAGUCUAUGCCUACACCUGCGACUGCAGCCGAAGGGAAGAAAUAUACAGAGUGGGCGAGCAGGUUAAAAAAGAAGUUGGCGAUGUCUCCAUCCUUAUCAACAAUGCCGGAGUCGUGACAGGCAACGAUUUCCUCAACUGCCCGGAUGAGCUGAUAGAAAAGUCUUUAGAUGUGAAUUUCAAAGCACACUUAUGGACUUAUAAAUGUUUCCUGCCUGCCAUGAUAGCCAAUGAUCAUGGCCAUUUGGUUUGCAUUUCAAGUUCAGCUGGAUUAGCUGGGAUAAAUAAACUGUCAGAUUACUGCGCAAGUAAAUUUGCAGCCAUUGGACUUGCUGAAUCUGUAUAUAUGGAAUCAAUAGCCCAGAAACUAAAGGGGAUCAAAAUGACUAUUGUGUGCCCAUUUUUUAUAAACACUGGGAUGUUUGAAGGUUGUUCUACUAACCGUCCUGUUCUGUUACCGAUUCUAGAACCAGAAUAUGUGGUUGCAAAGAUAGUAGAUGCUAUCUUGCAAGAGAAAGUGUACCUAUAUGUGCCAAGGAUUAUAUACCUCCUAAUGGUUCUUAAAAGCAUCUUUCCUACCAAGAUGGCCAUCCUUCUGGCUGACUUUAUGGGCAUCUUUAAUUUAAUGGAUGGCUUCGUUUGCAAGAACAAGAAAAACUAAAGGCCGAUCCACAGCUGACACCAUCUGACACCCAGUGUUUCAUAAUGCUCAUUUCAAUGAUGAAAAGCAUUUUUGUCCAAUAGCAUAGAUCUGGAAACUACAGGUUCCAGUCCUUUUCUGCUAUCUAAACCAGUAUUUUCAACUGAUCCUUUGAAAAUAAUGUUGCUAUCUGCUUUUUGGCUAGGUUUUUUUUUUUUUAAUAAAAAAGAAAUAGGCCAUU